AUGGACUCUAUUAGAAGCUCACAAAUUACUGAAGGCAUACAACGCAUAUCAGAGUCAGUGUUUGUGGGACUGUGUGGUAAAGUGGGGACCUCACAAGUGGUGGCCAUGAGGAGAGAUACGAUGGACAUCGAGGAGAUGGUGGUAAAUCAAGCGAGAAGUGAUGGGUUGUGUGUGAUUUUGAGUGGAAGUUACGGUGAAGGACUUAGACUGAAAGGAUCAGAUCUAGACUUUAUGUACUGGCGAAAUAAUCACCGUGUGAUCUGGGAAUUAUCUCAGUCUCAGUAUUACAACACACACAGACAGACACUGAUCCUCUGUGACUGUUCUGAUAGUCCGCCAGGAUUUACUUUGUUAUAUUUACUGUCACCUAGCAUGUAUAGACAAAACCAGAGAGUCUGUGUAAGAAUGAAUAACAGAUAUUGUAUAUCUAGUUCUAAAUACAGACAGAUCACUUUAUCUGAGUCAUCACUACCUUAUUACACCACUCCACAUGGACCCUGUGCCAGUGGAACAUUUGGAACACAAGAAUAUGAUAAUGCCUACUGUUUUUUUAGUGACUUUUGGCCUCCCUCUGCCUUUCCAUGGAUAGACAGAUGUCACUCAUGGCCCCAGCCUCAUGUUGUUGAUGAUAUAGUGAAGAAUGGAUGUCACUUUGUAGCAAUUGGACAUAAACUAGGGAAUCAUGAAGAUCAUGAAUGGAGAAUUUCUUUUUCCCAAGCAGAACAAAAACUUGUGUAUAUAAUGAAUCACUGUCAAUUCUUAACUUAUGGCUUACUUAAAUUGAUCUUAACAGAAAUAAUUAACAAUGGAGUAAGUGAUAAUGAUAAAUUACUGUGUUCCUAUCACAUGAAGACGGCAGUUUUCUGGGUGAUUCAACAAAAUGCAAUACCUCACUGGUGUCCACAAAAUCUCCUGGGGUGUUUCUGGGUCUGUUUUAAACUCAUCCUCAAAUGGGUGCAUGAGGGGGUCUGUCCUAACUUUUUCAUUCCAGGCAACAACAUGUUUCUGACAAAAAUUCAUGGCGUCAAACAACAUCAACUAUUUAUAAAACUGUCAGAUUUGUAUGAAAAGGGUUUAGCAUUCCUGCUUCAUUGUCCCUCCAUUAGAUCUUGUAUUAUAGAUGUCCUCUAUAACCCCAGAAACUUCAUCUGUACAGAUGAUCAUACUCUGAUUUCUGACUAUCAUUUUGAUUUAUAUCUUUUUGGUGAAUCACUAAGUUCUUUCAUAGUUCUAGACAAAGAUGACAUACAAAUAUGUAUUAGAUAUUUACAUACAAUAGAACAGAUGAUAGGUUCACCCCUCCUGACACAUUAUCAAGUCAUUAUGCUACAGAACAUGACCGCUACGGUCCUUCAGUUCACUGCUUUUAUAUUACAUAUGGAAACUUACACACCUGACAACAAACUGAGGUAUAGAGCUGACAAAAUGUCCUGUCACAUGCUGAAAUUAGCAGCAAAGUUUGGUUGUAUUACAGACAUGCUGUACAUAGCCAUGUAUUAUUACAAGACACUUAGAUACACGGAAGCUUUAUCUAUUAUAGAGAUGAUCAAGGUCAAGUAAGCACAGCCAUAUGUGAUGGAUAUAGGUAAUUUUAAUAGAGAGAUGUAUACUGAGGCUUUAGGGGGACAGUCUUGGUCUACAAAGAUUAGACAGGCUGUAGCAGGGGAUAUCACACUUUGCAACAGAAUUCAUUACAUCAGUGAACUGAUACCUGAACAACAGUCUGCUCUACAGAGACACGGGCCUUUUAUUUUUGUACCACUCUUUAUCCUGUUAUACAUGCUUGAGAUUUUGUGCUACAGACAUGUAGACACAAUGCGAGCACAAACAGCUCUAGAUGAUCUACAGACCCUAGUUCACUAUGAUCAGGGAGAGUUUAUACCUUUAUAUCUCAGAGAUAUAUCAUGGCAAAUUCUGGGGAUCUGUCAACAGGUGACAGGGAACCGUCAGGCUGCUCUAUAUUCAUACCAACAAUCCUUCAGACAAGAACCAAUAAACAACCUACAAACAGCUACAAUUAUCAGAAUUCAGGAUCUAUCAGGAGCUGGUGUGUAG